ACACUCUCUAGGACCAUGCGGAGUCUUUAUUGUACUUCCUUGGUAGGUUGUGAGAGGCUUCUCUAAACGGAAGCCAUGAACUGUAUAAAUAUGUACAUGAAAAUAAACAUGACUUGACAACAGAUCAUAAAAAUAAAUCAAUCUUCCAAUCAAUUCUUCUCAAAUAACAACGUUUUGUUUUGACUGAAAUAUGAAAGUGAACGUUACAUGGCAGGUGAAAUAAAUUUGGUCCCUAAUACAGCCAUGGCAAGUGGAUCCUCCAAUCCAAAGGCUCCAGAAUGCAGGAUUGUACUGCUGGGAAAAGCUGGAGCUGGAAAGAGCAGAGUAGCCAGAUUCAUCCUGGGAGACACAAUGCUGAAUGAAGAGAGUGAAGAGUGUCUUUUACAUGAAGGUGAACAGGAAGGAAGGAGGCUCUGCAUAGUGAACACACCAGGAUGGGACAGAAUUUCUAUAGAGUGCACCACAGAGAAAAUUAAAAAUGAAAUCAUCCGAAGUGUGACACUUUGUCCUCCAGGUCCCCAUGCUCUGGUUCUGGUGAUUCCCAUAAACGCUGAUGAUGAACUAUCCGUAAUUGAACUUAAAUCAGCAAGUCGACACAUGGAGCUGCUCUCUCAGAGAGUCUGGAGUCACACUGUGGUGCUUUUCUUGUGUGAAGGAGAUGUGGAGGAAUUCAGAAUCAAAGAACACACUCAGAAAGCAGAAAAACUCCUGGAAAAGUGCAAUAGGAGACACUACGUUAUGCGUCUGAGUGAAUCUGAAACCCAAAUCCAAGGGCUGCUUAAAAAGAUAGAUAGCGUGGAGGAAGAAAAUCCUGGUGAUUUCUUUCUGCCACAGGUUUACUAUGAAGUGAUGCAGAGUAAAAAAUCACAAGCUAUCAGAGAGCUGGAGAAAAGGUAUGAGGACAAAAUAGAAAUACUAAAACAAGGAUACCAGAACAGACUUAAUAUGUAUAAAACCCACACUGAGGAAGAACCUUUGCUUCAGCGGAGACGUGGAAGUAUGGACGGAAUUCGCCCAUCUUUGACUGAAGAUGAAAACCAGGAAAUGGAUGUUAGUGCCAUUAGGAAGAAAUAUCAGGAUGAGCUUCUGGCACUUGGAAAGUAUUACUUCAAACCUGUAGGUCUGCUAGUGCUGGCUGUGAUCGGUGCUCUUAUUGGAUCAGUGGUUGGAUCGCAUUAUGGAGUGGUUGGCUCUGGAAUGGGGAUCGUCAUUGGAAUCAUAGUAACAAUUCCACUGGCUCUAUGCCUGAUUACAGCUGCAAGCCUGGCACGACAGAGUUCAACUCUUUUGGAAGACAGGAAAAAUGAACACACUAAUUAGACCCUUGAACUUUGAGACAAUUUUGUACCUCAUCUUUCCUUGUCCAUUUUGGAGGGAUGUUUUGUUCUCGGUAAUGUCACUUUUUCAGAAUGGUCAGUAUGUUAUGGACAGUGGUAUUACGGUAUAUCUAAUGUUUUGGAAGUUCCUUUAUACCUUUCUGCUGAUCUCUACCUUUUGAAACUGAGAUGCUGUACAUGCUCUGUAAACUCUUUGCAGACCAGGCUUCAACAGUUGUAUGAAACCAAGAAGAUGUCGAGAAAAUCCAACAGAUACAUCGUUAAUGAUCUUAUGAUGAUGUAAAAUAUCUAUGAUAUUUGCUUUUGAAUAGACAGGACAGUUGUUACAGUUAUGGCUGAGAAGGUCAUGCUAAUGAGUUUAAAUCUCAUGCAACAAUGGCAGGUGUAAAUAAUGUGCAUAUAUUUUAUGUUUUUUAUAUAACAAGCAUUUCUUCAAUGCAGCUGUAGCUGAUCUAUCAGUUGUACUAAAAUCAGUGUGUUGAUGAAUCUGAUGAAAAUUUCUUUGCACUCAAAUCUAUGUUCAUUACAGGAUUUUUCAGAAGGUUUAAAGAAGUUUUCAACCUCCAUAAAGUUGGAAGGAAUAAAGUUUGAAUGUCUUUACAAUAUACAGUAGAUAGUAAAUAAAGAAAUACCGCUAUUUA